AUGCGCGGGCGGCAGCGGCAGCAGCCCCGGGAGCAGCAGCAGCAGCAGCCCCGGGAGGAGCCGCGGCAGCGGGGCCCGGCGCUGUCUGCCGCCGUCGGGGCGCUGUGCCGGGCCCUGCCGCCCCACGCCCGGCCCGCCCCCGACACCCUGCGCCGCGCCAGGUUCGAUCGGCCGCAGGCGAGCCUGGACUUCUGGAAGCUGCUGUAUGUGCUUCUGAAGCAGAUCCACGGGGGCAGCUGGACAGAGUCUGAUGCCAUAGGUGCCCAGGUGAGGUUUGUGCAGUGGGCUCUGUGGUACCGCGGCUACGGGCGGCCCCAGCUGCAGCGGCUGCCGGCCGAUGGCUCCGCGGGCAGCCGGGAGCUGCUGCUGGCCUUCUCCUGGCUGCUGCACCGCCCCGGCCUCCUGGAGCAGCUGCUGGCCCACAGCAGAGUGCAGACUGGGGACCACACCUCCGUGUGCACGUGUGGAGAUGAUGUGCCUGAGAGCCAGGAAGGCCCAGGUGAAGCAGGAGCUGAAGGCAGAGUGGAUGUUCGCUACCUGCAGUGGUUGCACGGGAGGCUGAGGUUGCAGUGGUGCAGUUUGCACGCUCAGCACCAGGAGCAAUGCAAACUUUUGCACAAGAUCCAUUCAUUCACCAGUGGCUCCCACAUGGACCAGAACCUUGGACAUUUCUCUGUCACAGAAGCAGAUCUCAUUAGACAUCCAGAGAACUACAAGCAGCUGUUGCAGCUCCUGGAGUCUGAGACCACGCAGCUGGAAGCCUUUCUGGAAUGGAAGCAACUGGAACCAGUUUACUGGCAGUGGAUGGAAACUGUGUUGGAUGACAUGGCUGAGGAGGGAAAUAUGUGUGAGUCCCAGGAUGCUGAUGUGGAGAAAAGAAGGCUGCCAGAAGUGACCUCCUGCUGCCCCUGGGCUGCCAGGCUGGCUGGGCAAAUGGACAGGUUAUCCAGGGACCUGCUGGCUCUGCAGGAGCAGCUGCAUCAGCUCGUGGCUCAGAGAAAGGCUGCCUGGUGGGAGAAGGUGGCAGCAAGAGAAGAGCUGCAGAAGGAGAGGUUCUCUGCCGCUGCUAGAAAAGCACAGGAAAGCACUGAGCUGAAACUGAGGGGUCUCACAUCCCUCUGUGCUCCACAGAAAACCAGAAUGCACGGUUUGUGCAGGCUGGUGCUGAGGAGCAAACAGCCUGCCAGCAAAGUGGCCUCUGGUCAGUGUGUGUCCAAGGAUGCUGCUGCAGCUCUCAGGGCUGCAGAGGUGAUCAGAGAGCUGCAGCUGAGGGAGGCCAGCCUGCAGAGAGAGCUGCAGCAGCUGCAGCAGCAGUGCAGGACCAGGCUGGAUGGCAUUGCAGAGGGCUUGGAGGGAGUGAUUUGUAUCUCCCCCUGAAGAGAGAAACCUGGGCUGGGAGAGGCAGAGGAAUAGAGUGGCUUGCUCACAUUGUGCAGCCUGGCACGGGGCAGUGUGAGCUGAGGAACCAAAUGGAAUUUUUAAUUCUGCAGCCUGGGAAUCAUAACUUGUUACUGCUUUGUGACUUGUGCUGGGGCCACAACCCCAGUGCUCUCUCUGCAGCCCCUUUAUUGCUAACCCUGCCAAUUAAAUCCUGCAUUGGGCCUUGGUGGGAGUGUGCAUAAAUCUCCCUUUUAUCUUCUGGAUUUCUGGUUCUUCUGCCAAGCCCUGGGCUCUUUACAGUGCUCAGCUGCGAGGCACGGUGUACACUGAGGCUGUGCAUUGAAGUACUAAUUGCAUUCAAUAUUUCCCAGCAACUGGAAGAGUUCAUUAGUCAGAAAAAUCCAAGUAUUGGAGAACAUGAAAAAUACCAAGGCUUAGAGAGAUUGGAAAUAUUCAAGAGUGUGUUGUUUUAAUUCAGCUGCUCGGAGUAUUUGUGGCAGCUGUAAUGUAGUCACAAUAAAGAAAAACAAAUGCCUAAUAAUAAAUAAAGCACUGGGCUGAUUUCAUUUACUGGUGUGAUGCACUUGAAUUAAUUGGGUUCUCAAAGAGAACAAACUAGAAACCAUUCCAUCAGCUCCUGAGUCACAGUGAGAUGGAUAACUUCUGGGCCUGCUAUAGGAAGUUUCUGUGGUGCAGAAAUACAACUCCAACUUCCACACUUGAGGAGUCUCCAGGUUCUGUCUCUGAAGGCUUCUUCCCUUGGAACAGUGAAAUGCUUUUCCUUUGGCCUUAAUUUCCUACCCUUUUCUGCUUUGCUUUCACCAAGGAAUAUUUUUAUGUUCUAGCUGUACACUCUGAGGAAUAAAUAAUAUUUCAAGAAA